AUGAGUGCCAGCGGCCCGGCGGCUCCUGGGGACGUCCCCGCGCUGCCGCCGCCGCCGCCCGGGCCCGGGCCAGGGCCCGCACCACCCGCCCCUGCUGCCGCUGCUCGGGACGCUAUGGACGGGCGCGCUGAGCUGCCCGCCUUCCCCAGGGCCGGUGCCCCGCCGCUCGCGGCCAGCGACACUGUGCCCGCAGUGCCUGAGGGGGCUGGAGCGGCCCGGCCCGCCGCGCCCCCGCGCCCCACCUCCUUCUCGGUGCUGGACAUCCUGGACCCCAACAAGUUCAACAGCAGGAGACGUCGCUGCGUGCUGCUGGGCUCUGUGGCGCCCGCUACGUGUGCCCCGUGCGUCCCGACCCCGUGCGCCUCGGCCCCAGCCGCCUCGGGACGCUCGCCGUGCGCAGAGGAGCAGGAGCGCCGAGCUCUCGCCGCCGCUGGGGGAGUCGGAGCCGCCGCUGGAACCGAGCCGCUGAGUGCUGGCGACCCCUACAAGGCUGAUGAGGCCGAGCCUAACGGCUACAGCAGCGGCGGCGGACGUAGCCCGAGCGCGGACAGCGGGGACGAGGCGCCCGACGACGAGGACGAGGGGCGCGAAGCGCGGGCGCGCUGCGCGGAGGAGGCGCGGGGAGGCGGCGGCCUCGGGGCCCGCGGGUCGGGCUGCCCGGGAACGGCUGACGCCGACGCAUCCCCAGUCGACGAGACCGCGGCCCCCGGGCCCCGUGGGAACUCGCCGGGAGCCUCAGGCCCACCGGUAGCCGCGGCGGCAGCUGGGGGCGCGGCGACCACCCCGCAGGGCGCGUCGGCGGCGACCAAGCCCAAGCGGAAGCGCACGGGCUCCGACUCCAAGUCGGGGAAGCCCCGGCGCGCGCGCACCGCCUUCACCUACGAGCAGCUCGUAGCGCUGGAGAACAAGUUUAAGGCGACGCGCUACCUGUCGGUGUGUGAGCGCCUCAACCUGGCGCUGUCGCUGAGCCUCACCGAGACGCAGGUGAAGAUCUGGUUCCAGAACCGCCGAACCAAGUGGAAGAAGCAAAACCCCGGCGCCGACACGAGCGCGCCCACCGGCGGCGGCGGCGGCGGCCCUGGGCCGGGUGCGGGGCCCGGCGCGGGGCUGCCCGGCGGCCUCAGCCCGCUCAGCCCCUCACCGCCCAUGGGCGCGCCGCUCGCCAUGCACGGCCCCGCGGGGUACCCGGCGCACGGCCCCAGUGGGCUGGUGUGCGCCGCGCAGCUGCCCUUCCUGUCCAGCCCCGCCGUGCUGUCGCCCUUCGUGCUGGGCUCGCAGACCUACGGCGCGCCUGCCUUCUACGCGCCGCACCUCUGA